AUGUCCGAAUCAUCGUCAGCCGCGAAACGUCGCUUGCGGCGCAUACCUGACGAAUCUCGUAAGCGGAAUGCUCAGAGCUGUGACCGUUGUCGCAAGCGCCGAUGCAAGUGCGUGCCCGCUCCGUCUGGAACAGGCUGCGUAAACUGUCUCGAACAUAACGUCACUUGUUCGUACACGGCGCCGCGCAAGACGCGCUUCUACGGCAGUGUCGAUGACUUGAGUGAUCGGUACCGCUGUCUCGAGGCUAUCGUCAAGGGAGCAUUCCCCGAUGAGACCUUUGAUAAUGUCGGCGAUCUUGCGCAGUUCGGUGAGAAGAUGGGCUACAAAAUGCCGGAUAUCUCUGAUCCUAAUCGCACACAUAUGAGAGUCGAGGAGCUAGUGCAGACUCCUAGCAAAGAGCAUACGCCAUCGACAGGCCCUGAGAUCAUUAUCGCCGAUACACGUGCUGCGGAUACAUCUUCAGGUACCAAGUUGCAAAGUGACGAGCCUCAAGCAUCGCUAGUCAAAGACAACUCUGGCCAUGAGCACUACAUCGGACCGUCGGGUACCCUUAACUUCUGGAAUCAGUUGCGAAACCUUGUCGAUACCAACAACAGCCCGUACUCGGUGCCUACCAAGUUUACUCAAGACAAUACAAGUCGACUUCUCGAGGCUGAUGGCCAGGAAGACGAUGAUCAGCCACAACGCGCUGAAGUGCCACCCCAAGAUGGUCCAUCGCCAGGUGGCCCGUCUCCAGGAUCUAUAACAUCUGCCAUCGCACGCGACUUUACACGUCUCCCAACCGCGGACAUGGACGAAAUCCUCGGCCAAUUCCCCCCAAACGCGGUCCUGGAGCAACUCAUCCAGUCAUAUUUCACAAACGUUCACGAUGAUUUCCCUCUCUUCCAUCGAGCCACCUUUGAGGAUGAGUAUGAGCUCUUCAUUGUCCAAGCCCGUCGUAAACCUCAUCUUCCUGUUUCGCGACCCCUCCGUUUGCCCGACUGGGGCUGGAUCGGAUGCUUGCAUAUGAUUGUUGUGUUUGGUUCCAUCGCUGAUCGCACAAUCCCCAACAUCGACCAUUCUGCCCUACGGCGCACGUCUGUCAAGGUGGCUAGGGCGCUGCUGCCUCAGUUUAUAUCCAAAUGCUCACUCACCAACGUUCGAGUUUUGUUACUGCUGGCACUCUUCCUACACAAUAACAAUGAGAGAAACGCUGCGUGGAAUAUUGCAGGGACGGCAACUCGUAUUUCCUUCGCCCUUGGUCUUCAUCGAUCCGACAUGAGCUCUUCUUUCAGACCGCUCGAAAGGGAAGUCCGUAAAUGGGUCUUCUGCACCCUGUACUCAUUCGAGCAGUUCCUCGCCUCGAGUCUGGGACGACCUAGUGGACUGCAGGAACUCGAUGUCGAGGUUGUUCCGCCGAGGGAGGAUUUUGUUGAGGGCGGCAUUGGAACUGAUGCCAGACUGGUGUCAUGGUCUGUCAAGCUCCAAGCCAUCCUCGCGCGAACUAGGCUUCUACACGUUGGCAUGAAUCGAAGUUCAGGACCGACGCUGGACGAGAUUAUGAAUGCGCUGAGUGGUUGGAAGAAAGAUAUUGGAAAAGCACCUGGCUUAGACGUCGCUUGGAUCAAGUUGGAAGGACCUGCGCUGCAAUCCAUCGACAACGAUGGCGCUGUGGAUAUAGAGGAGCUCAAGGUUUCGCUGGCGUGGAAGACCCGUGCUCAACUUCGUGCCGUCCUACUACUCCAUAUCCAGUUCCAUUACAUCGCCAUUGUUGCUACACGGCCACUUCUACUUCGCGAUGUAGGGUCGACUCGCAAGGCAGAUGUCGGGGCAGCGAAAACCCCAGUCCCUGCACACGCCGCGCAGUGCGUUAAGCACGCGUGUCAACUGAGUUAUCUGAUGAUACUCCUGGACCAUUUUGACGUCCUAAACGGUCUUUCUGGCCUGGACGUCUUCUACGCUUACUGCUCAGGUAUGAUUCUGAUCCUCCGACUACUCCGGCUACGACCAGGCGAGGGCGCAGAGAGCGUUGGACACGAUGAAGUAGCGCUGCAGGCAAAGAUCCGACGGCUUGUAGCGACGCUGCGCAACGUGAUCAACCACACGGACAAGUGCGGCUCGAUGAAGAGAUUGGCUCAUGUAGUCGACACCUUCUCCGAGUGCGCCAACAACCCAAGCGAUCCUCCAGGCUUGGCGAAUCUGCCUCCGCAGGGCAUAAACAUGAACGGUCCGCAAUAUCCCCCGGGGUGGUCGGCAGAGCAGCAGGGUCAGGGCCAGGGUAUGGGGUCGAUGGAGGGCCUUUUAGACUUUUUGCCGUUUCCGGGAUUUGGUACGAUCGAAGGGUCCGUGGCGCAGUUUAUGCCGGGGGGUGAGAUGGAUAUGGCGGGAUGGUCUGAUAUGGAGUUUCUUAUGGAAGGGUAUGGGGAUCAUGGUAGAUCAGGGUAUUAG